UGGCGCUGAAGCAGUUUAUUAGCCAAAGGUACCAAUAUGGCCGAGGCUUCCUUUGGAAGUUCAAGCCCAGUCGGCUCGUUGUCCUCUGAGGAUCACGAUUUUGAUCCAACAGCAGAAAUGUUAGUGCAUGAGUAUGAUGAUGAGCGAACCCUUGAGGAGGAGGAACUGAUGGAGGGAGAGAGAAACUUCAGUGCAGAAAUCGAAGGGCUACAAAAGGAAGGUACCAUGCCCAUAGAGGAGCUGCUGGCCAUUUAUCGAUAUGAAGCGUCUGUCAGUACUGUUGCAGGCUCAAGUGUGGGUAGCUCUCCAGGGGAACUGACCGAUGAGCUACCUGAUAUGACUUUAGACAAGGAGGAAAUAGCUAAAGACCUCUUAUCUGGUGAUGAUGAAGAAACACAGUCCUCAGCUGAUGAUUUGACCCCAUCGGUUACUUCACAUGAAACAACGGAUUUCUUCCCUCGGACUCUAAGAUCAAAUGCUAUAUAUGAUUGUGAUAGAGAGUCAGAGGGGGAAGAUGAUGGUGUAAAUCCCUCUGAAGACUCAAGAAAGGAAAUAAUGGUAGGCUCUCAGUACCAAGCAGAAAUUCCCCCCCAUCUGUGCAAGUAUACUGAUGAUGAAAAGCCAUAUGAAGACGAUGAUCAACUCCUUUGGAGCCCAACUGUUCUGCUUGAGAGUGAGGUUAAAGACUUCCUGCAUGAGGCAUCACUGCGGGUAGUAGAUGGAAAGACACAGGGAACAGCAGAAGGACCUCAAGUUAGAGACAAUGAGCAAGCAUUGUACAAACUGUUGAAGUGUAACUAUAAUGUCCAUGAAGCACUUGAAAGGUACCGCAGGGAUGGAAAGUCUUUGAAAGCUGAAAUGCUCCCAUGGACAGAAGAAGAAUGCAGAAAUUUUGAACACGCACUUCAGAUCUACGACAAGAAUUUCCACCUUGUACAAAAACAUAAGGUUACAACAAGAACUGUUGCUGAAUGUGUAGCCUUUUAUUAUGUGUGGAAAAAGUCGGAACGUUUUGAUUACUUUGUCCAGCAAAAUAGAUUUGGAAAGAAAAAAUACAGCAGCUACCCUGGUGUGACGGACUUAAUGGAUCGGCUUGUUGAUGAAGCUGAAGGGUUAGGAGUAGACGGUUCUUCAGUAUGUUCAAGCAGCGGCAGAAUGGAGCCCAUUCCUGACCAACAACUCAGCAUACUGAAUUCAAUCACUGCUAGUGAUUUGACGGCACUGACCAAUACUGUGGCCACAGUCUGCAACUCGGCAGAUGUAAACUGUUUGGAAUCCUAUACUUUCUCCCCACUGGACAGCUUGCACAGAGGACCACUGAACCAUGUGCCUGUUGUGAAUGAAGAGCCCCUAAACUUUACUACUAAUAGCGAUACUGACUGUCUGAAUUUAUUAGAUGCUGGAUUCUACCACUCAGAUUUGAACCAGAUCAGUGUGUGCACCGAGGACUGCGAAAGGCCUGCAAAGAGAUUAAAAAUCGGUCUUUCCGAACCAUUUAUCAAUGACGUUUCUGUAAAUAAUCUUGGUGUGGACUUUGAGAACCACACACAUCACAUGACAAGUGCCAAGAUGGCUGUGUCGGUGGCAGACUUUGGUAGCUUGUCCUCAAAUGACUCUAAUAGAUUCAUGAACUCCCACACACUACAUCAACAUGCAGCUGUCCAAUCUGAGUGACUGACAAUGAGAAAACAUUGAUUAAACCAUCAAGUGUGUAAAUAUAUUCAUUCACUGGAAGUUUUUAAUUAUUAUUAUUAUUUUUUUUUACUAUGACAUCAGUGAUGUCUUAUCAUAUAGACCUAAAUCUUGAUUUCUCAAGAGUUAAAAUAGCCAUUUAUUUUUCAGUCCUAAACGUGGAAGUGUCAUAAGCUGAUGUUCAUAGAAGCUUGGACCUUAAUAUUGUGGUGUAAGUGUGAGCUCUGCAGGCUCCCCCCCCCGUUCUUCUAUGAGCUUCAAGACAACAAUGACAAGGUUCUUGAGCCACUUAGAAUGGCUGCCAUAAUUUUUUUUUCGUUUUGAAAUGGGUACUUUUGGAAUAUCAGUGUUUACAGGUACCAAGACUAGACCCUAGCUAAUGUAGCAUUUUGUAAGGGUCCAAGCUUUUAUAUUAUAUGCACAGAUUAGUGCGAACACUUUCUUAAAUGGAGCCUUCUGUAUAUCAGAAGAGGAGCACUUCAGUUUACAAAACCGUAAGAAUUAUUUUGUGGAAGCACGCACUAGGACUGCAGCUGAAAAGUGAGGAAAGCAUCAGUUUUCUAGCAGGCAAAUUGCUGUGACUGCCCUACGACAAAAGUUGGACUCCACUGCCAGAUCUCUAUCUCUCUCUCUCUCUCUCUCUCUCUCUAACCUUGUAAAAUUGGCUAGAAAUUUUUACAUUUCAGUUUUAUUUUAUACAAAAUGUUUUUUUCCAAGCCAAUGAAAGUUUGUGAUUUAUGGUAUAUAAAGUUACACAUUUCUUGAUGUAUCCUAAAAUAAGUUCAUAUACUAUAAAGUACUGUUUUUAAUUUUGAUAUUAAACAUACUUUUGUGAGAUUGUUUUAAAAGUAGUGAUGUGAAAAACUGCAGUCCGUAAUGUUUAGAGUUGGGAAUUAUCUGUGUUUCAGUUGUGUAGUUGUACUGUUUUCAGUAUCACAUGGCAACAGAUGGGGUUGCUGCGUUAAUAAAAAUGAGUAGCACAUUAAGCAGUAAAGCAUUUACUCAGCAACCAUGUGAUAAUAGGCUUUCAUCUUGUAUUUCAAUCGUGACAAUCUGAGUCUUGAAACUGAAAACGGACAUUAGUGGAUAGUUAAAGGGUGGGUAUUUAUUUAAAAACAUUAUGAACUGCACUCAUUGCUACUUUAGUCUUUGUAUGUUUCAGUGCUUUUCUAGCAAUUGUACAGUGAAAUAAAUUUGCUAAAUAGGCACAUUCAACUUUUCUUAACUGAGAAGUAUAAGAAUCUAUUUUGACUGACGAGUACUACUUAUGUAAGUUAAGUGCAUGUACAUCUUUAGUAGGCUUGUCAUGGUGAAUAGUAAAAAAAAAUUAAAUCUAUGUAAUAUAGUUCAAAUGUUUUAUUGUGCAAAAGGAUGUAAACACAAGUAAACAACACUUAACGGGUAGUCUUGGCUUGUGCCAGUAUUAUGUAAUUUCCCACAUUGUCAGCUCCUUGUUGCAGUGUUUUGUGCAAGUCUUUGCAAUGUGUUGAAUCCUUAUUUUCAAACUCAUCUGAAUCUAGCCGCAUAUGGAGAAUAUGGCGUACACAUUAAUUAUGUAUUUUGAGUUUAUUAGCUGGUCUUCUCACAUGCUCAUGACAAAUGCCUUUGCUCAGCUUGCAAGAUCAACCCAUUGCCAGUUGUUAAUGCAGUACUGGUGUUUACUUAAUUUAUCUAUGCAUUUGAAGAGAUCUAAAAUAUGGUAGGACAUUUUUUCAGGGCUACUGAAUUUUGAAUGUCAAUUCACAAAAAAUGUGGUUAUUUAAAAUGGCAGUCUCAUGAUACAAAGAGUUGAAGGUUACUGAUUUACUAAAUGUUGGGUAGUCUUGAAAAGUCAAACUUGUUUGACCACUUAAACUUGUGAAUUUGUAUUGACAAAGAUUUUAAUUUGUUAUAAGGCAAUAAUUUGUAAAUAUGUAUAGACUUUACCUUUUUAGAUUACACUUGUUUUGAAAUUGUGUUCUGUCAUCUGCAGUAGUGCCCAUGCAUGAUAGCUGCAAAUUCAAAAAGUGUACCAUUAAAAAGGCUUUACAUUUGUACCUAGCUAUUUAAUGUUGCAUUUGCUUUAAAGUUUAUAUAUUUGUUCCUGUAAAAUAACUUUUUUUGAUACAGAUUAUACUAUUUGGUAAACGAUUUUGAGGAUUAAUCAAAGAUUCUUAUCUGUGGUAAAUGCAGAUAAUAAACCACAUCAACUCUACAGACCUAAAAAUCGUUUGAGGUGAAGUCAUCAUUAUGAUUUCUGAAAAGAAAUUUGCUGUUCAUAACAUUUCCAUCACACAUAAAACAAAAGUGGGGUGGAAUCAUAUGUUUGUAUUUUGCAAGUGGUUAUAGGAACACACAAUAUUGUUUGUGGAUCUGAAGAUUAAUGUUGCGUAUGAAGUGAUUUUAUCGUGAGCUUUUUAAAAAGGUUAAAGGCAUAAGGAGUCCUAUGAAAGUUUGAACACUAAAAGUAAACAAGUGCUCUGAAAUAGAUUAAUGUAGGAUUUAAGUGCAGGUCUCUGUCUGAUUCUUAACUUUUAGACCUAUCAAACUGUGUGCUUUGUUAAUAGCUUUCUUACCUGUCAAACUGUUUCAACGCUUUGUACAAUACAAAUAAUAUACCUUUACAUAUAAAAGCAGGUAAUUUCUUACCUAGAAAGCUUUUAAGUAUUUGUAUAAAGUUAUUGACAAUUGGAUGACUGGUAAAAUGAGUACCUGGUGCUGUGGAUAUAGCAAUAUAUCCCCCCCCCCCCAAUUUCUUUUUUUCAUCAUAACAAGCCUUUUCAUUUUUACCUACAUAUUUAGUUCUCCCUCAUAUUGAACUUACUUGAAGGAUGUACAUUACCGUGAUACUGGUUGGAAAAUACUAAAGUGUGUACAAUUGGGUCACUCAGAUUGUGCAAUUAUUUCCUCUUGUCCAUGCUGAGCUUUAGCUUCAGCAAAACCAAGUGAUAUUUUCUUUAUCCAAAGCUUGUAUGAAACAGUCCUAGGUAACAUUAGAAUGUAAACUAAUGGAAAUUUACUUAUAGGGAAGUAUAUGUAUAUUUGAAAGCCCUCCCCCUGAAAUAUGUAACAUAAAAUGUGCUAUCUUAAAGAAAUAGUAAGUAUACUUUGUUUUGUUAACCGUAUAUUGAUUUGUACUUUUUUUUUUUUUCCUUUUAAUAAAUAGAGCAAAGAGGAGAAAAAGAAUUAACAGUAUUGCUGAGUGGAAUUAUUAUUAGUCACUGUUCUGGUAUAAAAAAAAAAAAAACGUGAAUUAUAGACAAUCAAAAUUGCAUUUAGUAUCAGGAAUGUUCAAGGGGAAAUCUUUGUUUAAAUAUUUGUACAUAAUUUUUUUGUUUGUUUUGUUUUGUUGAGUAUUAUUUUGUAUUUUCUGUUGUACUUUUAAUACCUGGUGUAAAUAUCCAGAAAUAAAAAUCUGGAAAUCUUA